AAGUUGUUUUUCCAUCUCCUCCCACAUUCAUUUCGCCAUUGCCGCGCGAGCCACCCACCAACCCCGGAGGUCCCGGUCACACGAAUCUGACACUCGGGCCGAUUAAGGCUGCACAACUCGGCCCGCAGCAUUUACACAACACUGUGAGACUGUCAAGGAAGGACAUACGGUAGAGAUCGACGCCGACCAAUCAAUAUAUGGGCUCCCCCAGGUACUCGGAGCCAUCAUCGAAAAAUAAAAGGUUGAAGGGGUUUGCAUCAAACAGUUGUGAAGACAAAGAAUCUUGAGGCCAAAGAAGAUUAUUGCGUACCAACCUCUGAAGGCGCCCUUGUCACCGUUCCCAUCCUCGCAAUGCUUGAUCCAAGCGAGUACAACAUCGGUGUACCAGCGGAGGACAUCAGGCAAUACUGCGCCGGGGGCUAUCAUCCCGUUCAUCUCCAUGAUCACCUCAAAGAUGGAAGAUAUGAGGUUCUAAACAAACUUGGUUUCGGCGCCUUUUCGACCGUUUGGCUGGCCAAAGACCACCUCACUCAGCGUCAUGUGUCCAUCAAGAUUGUCGUGGCCAACGGGUUGGAAACACAGAGUCACGAACUGAGAAUGUUGAGGCACGUCCAAGCCAGCGACCUUCAUUCCCAUCCGAGUCGCAGCUGUGUCCCCCAGAUUCUCGACUCAUUCUUUCACGACGGCCCAAACGGACGGCAUCUCUGUGUGGUACUGGAGCUACUAGGACCUAGCCUUUCUUGGAUCACAAAGAAAUCGCGAAUCUACCGCAUCAAGGCAGAUCUUGCCCGUCGCGUCGCUGCCCGAAUCGUCGAGGCCGUGGCUUACCUCCACAGCUGUGGCGUGGCACAUGGAGACAUCCAUAUGGGCAACAUUCUCUUGCCCCUGCCGCCACGGCCCGGGACAGGGUCAUUGCGUGCUUCCGCCUCUACCCAGAUAGGAAAGGUGUCCAAGAAGGACGGGUCUCCCCUCGAGAAAGGGGUGCCCGAGUAUCUCGUCGAGCCGUUGGAGUACGAUAUAAGCGAGUUAGAUCUCGAAGGUGGCGACGUCCGGCUGGUGGACUUUGGCUCAGCUUUCUUUACCUCGAGCACGCCGACAAUGAUAUACACACCCUUCUCGCUAUAUCCCCCGGAGUUGGUCUUUAAGCGUCCACUAACACCGGCGGUCGACAUCUGGAACCUUGGAUGCACGCUGUACGAGCUCACUCUCGGCCGUACGCCUUUCGAGGUGGCCUUCGACCCCCCUGAACUCAUACCACAGCACAAACAGGUUCUCGGUAGUGUACCCGUAGAAUGGGUUCGCGAGGCGCUUGCGAAUGGGGUGCUUGACGGGAAACCCAAUGAAAACCCGACCGAUGAUUUUCUCCCCCUCGAAGAGCAAAUACAGAGGGAUUACUUCGACGGUUACCAGAGCGAGACACUACAGCUUACCAGGGAAGACCUCGAAAGGUUAGGGAGGUACCUCAGGAAGAUGCUGGUCGUUGAUGCACGGCAACGGGCUACGGCUGCAGAGUUAGCUGGCGAUACCUCAUGGACCUUGGGGGUCUGACGUGCUCCAGGUUCGGUGCCAACCAUCCGUCGCGGGUUGGAGGCUGCAAGCUUUGAGGUGUACCUGCUCAGCAGUUUUCAAGUAUGAAGGAAUACAACGAGAAGGAUUUAGGUCGUGGUCCUUCUCCUCGAACCACCCUAAUUUAGAUCCCGGGGUCGAAAAGGGGGCUUGAUAGAGAAGCUCUCAGCCAUAUUGAACAGACUAUUAAUUACCAAGGGGGAGUUGACCACCGCAUUCUUUCACGGGAUAUCAUUUCACCUCCUUGAGGUGCCAAUAUCCAAGUCUCUUCAUCGUAUAAUAUUCGAGAGAUCUUAAGAAAGGAGGGGUUAUGGGGAGCAGGGCAGAAUGAAGGUUCUCUGGAGGCUGUAAUUAGGAGAGGUAAUGCCCAAAUCGUUCAGCAGAGCACACAGCUCCCCCGAAGAACAUUUUAUUGCUACGCAACCAUUAGUU